CCAACCCGUCUAGCCUUUUAAUUCCGAUAGCAGAGAGUCGAUGGACCUCCUCUUCCAAUUGCCCCAAAACCCUAAUCCGCGCUCCACUGCUCUCACCGUCGAGUUGAUCGCCGACGAAGCAAUCGCUGAAGAAGAGUUCAUCACCGACGCCGUAGACGGCUUCAUCGCCCUUUCUCUAUUUCGUUGAAGCACUGAAGGAUUGAUCAUCAUGCCUAAGAUCAAGACGAGCCGGGUCAAAUUUCCUGAGGGAUGGGAGCUCAUCGAGCCUACACUUCGAGAGCUGGAGGCAAAGAUGAGAGAAGCUGAAAAUGAUCCACAUGAUGGGAAGAGAAAGUGCGAAGCGCUGUGGCCGAUAUUUCAAAUUUCACAUCAGAAGAGCCGAUACAUAUAUGAUUUAUACUAUCGGAGGAAGGAAAUCUCGAAGGAGCUGUAUGAAUUCUGUUUGGAUCAGGGAUAUGCUGACAAGAACUUGAUUGCAAAGUGGAAAAAGCCAGGUUACGAGCGCCUUUGCUGCCUUCGUUGCAUUCAACCAAGGGACCACAACUUUGGGACUACAUGCGUCUGUAGGGUUCCCAAACACCUGAGAGAAGAAAAGGUCAUAGAAUGUGUCCAUUGUGGUUGCAGGGGUUGUGCAAGUGGAGACUGAAAUCUCUUGCGUGGUGGAUGCCAACAUCGAAUGUCGGGCAUUGACAUGCAAUCAUGUCUGGAAAAAUUCUCUUUGCCUAUGCAUUUGAAAUGAAAACCUUGUAUUACUGUUUAAUCUGUGAUAUAUUAGCAGGAAGAGAACGGUGUUAAUAACUUGAAGGUAUCUUGUUGAGACUCAAGGGUGGCAGUUCCCAGUAGUAUCUUUAGGUUAUGGAAUGAACAAAUUGUCAUAGUAGUGGAACUGUGUUGUUGCAUUGAUUCUAGCUUUAUUGGAUGUAUUCUAAUUUGGUUGUUACUCUAAUUUAGUUGUUCAUCAAAAGAGAUUUAUUAUAUGUC